AUGGACCACAGCCAGGAGCCAGGGGAAACGGCACAACCGGUGGUAGCGCUGGCGAGGAUGCUGGAGGGGAUGGCGGCGAUGCAGGAGAGGCAGGCGGCGAUGCACGCCGAACAACUGGAGGCUCUGCGGGCACAGACCUCCCUCCAAACCCAGGCUCUACUGCAGCUGGCGGCUGCGGGAGAAACCAGCUCCCGAGAGCGACAGACCGGACCCCCCGUAGCUCUCCAUCUGCCCAAAAUGACCCAGGAGGACGACGCGGAGGCUUUCCUCGAGGGGUUUGAGGUGGCAGCGAGGGCGAGUAAAUGGCCGGAGGAAGAGUGGGUCGUCCGCCUCCUGCCCCUCUUAACUGGGGAGGCACAACAAGCGGCACACAGCCUACCCCCCCCAGCGCGGGCGGUCUACGCCAACCUAAAGAAGGCGGUCCUGGACCGCCUGGGAUACAGCCCUGAAGAGCACCGGCGACGGUUCAGGGAGACGGCCCUGGCAGGAGCGGACCGACCGUUCGCCUACGCCCAGAGACUGCUGGACAUGGCGCGUCGGUGGCUCCGACCGGAACUCCGGUGCCAUCGCCCGACCGGGUUGGCGGCCGCCGUCAGCCUGGCGGAGGACCACCUGGCGCUCUACCCCCGCGGCCAGUCACAGCACCAGCAGCAGCAGCAGCAGCAGCAAGGACGGGCAGACCCGGCUCUGCGCAGGAGAGCCCUUCCUCGUUCCCAUCCUUCCCCCCUUUCUUCCUCCCUUCCCCGUGCCCAAACCCCCUCAUUUUCCCGUAACAACCCUUUUGUUCCUGUUUCCCCAGCCCCAGGCUCAGUGGCGGCGGGGUGCGACCCACAGAGAGCUCCUCAGACGCCCGGACCGGGGUGUUGGCGGUGCGGACAACCGGGUCACCUGCGCCGCGAGUGCCCGCUCAUGGAGGUGGGGCAGGUGGUUCGUGUUGUCGGCCCGCCCACCUCCGCUCCCGACCCAGACGGAGCGUACUGUAUUCCGACCGACGCGUCGGACAGAGGGCUGGGGGCUGUUUUGACCCAGCAGGUGGAGGGAGUCGACCGCCCCGUGCUGUACAUUAGCCGGAAACUGUCACAACGGGAGGCGAAGUACAGCACGGUGGAGAAAGAGUGCCUCGCCAUUCGGUGGGCGGUCGGAGCCCUCCGUUAUUACCUUCUGGGUCGCCCAUUCACCCUCUGUUCGGACCAUGCCCCCCUCCAAUGGCUCCACCGCAUGAAGGAUACCAACGCCCGGAUCACUCGGUGGUAUCUGGCUUUGCAGCCUUUUAACUUCAAUGUGAUUCAUAGACCGGGUGCACGGAUGGUCGUGGCGGACUUCCUCUCUCGCCCCCAGGAGGAGGAGGGGGGGGAGAGGGGGGGGGUUGGUCAUCGGCCGGAUGGCUCCCCGGCCUAAGUCGG